CUUCCCAAGUCUUUUCAGACCUGUGGACAGUUCAUCAAUGGUAUUGAUAAUUUGUUUACAUUUGCGGAAAAAUAUAAGUGUGAAGUCAAGAGGACUCGCGAUGAUAUUAAUCGAAUGAAGGAACAAAAGAAAGAUGAUAGUUCUAUAGGAGCCAUCAAAUGGUGUCGAGCUACGUUGGGAACACCACGAUUCAAGAAACUAGUGAAAAGAAC